GGCGGCCAAAAUGGCGGCGUUGGGUGCAGAGCGCGCUGCGGCGUGGUAGGGGCCCCCGGUCCUCCGCUCCGCCGCGGGCCGGGCAGCGGAGUGAGCGCUGCUGGUGGCAAAUGUGCAAUACCAAGAUGUCCUCCCUUACGGAUGCCUCUUCUGUCACCGCUUCGGAGCAAGAAGCGCUGGUCAGUAGCUCUGUUGGACGUGCGAAUUUUUCAUGCUUUUCUGCAGAUUUUUAUCUGCUAAUUCAGAAGGGCGGCUUUGCUCAGCGAGUGAUGGUUAAAGCCAGGACAUCCGGUGAAGAUGGUCUCUCUUUGAUGCUGCAAUUGUGAAGCAAAUGUUUCUCAUUCAUGGUUGAGAGUUGAGGGUGAUGGUGUAGGUCUAGACUGUUUCCUGGAGAAUUUGAUGGGCAGUUUGCUUUCUUUAAAUGAAAAAGAAUCUUUCGGUCCAGUUUAAUCACGGUUAAACCAAAGCCACUAUUGUUGAAGUUGUUAAAGUUAGCUGGUGCAGAAAAGGACACUUUUACUAUGAAGGAGGUAAUAUUCUAUCUUGGACAAUAUAUUAUGUCUAAACAGUUAUAUGAUGAAAAACAGCAACAUAUUGUACACUGUGCAAAUGAUCUCCUGGGGGAUUUAUUUGGAGUAACAAGCUUUUCAGUAAAAGAACACAGGAGACUGUAUUCAAUGAUUUCCAGAAAUCUGAUAGCAAUCAAUCAACAAGGCUCUACGCUUGCGGACACACCUGAGGAUGAUGCCAGAUUUCAGCUUGAAGAAGAAAAUGUUCUAAAGGAAUCUAUGCAAGAGUUAGAAGAGAAGCAGACCUCCUCAAACGCGACUUCCCGACCAGCUACAUCUUCUAGGAGGAGAACACACAGUGAAUCUGAAGAAAAUUCUUCAGAUGAUCUGCACAGUGACAGAAGAAAACGACACAAGUCAGACAGCAUUUCGUUGACGUUUGAUGAAAGUCUCUCAUGGUGUGUAGUCAGUGGUCUGUGCCGUGAAAGAAGCAAUAGCAGUGAUUCAACAGAUACUUUUUCCAUUCCCGAUCUUGAUGCCAGUUCAUUAAGUGAAAACUCUGAUUGGUUUGACCGGAGUUCUGUUUCAGACCAGUUCAGUGUAGAGUUUGAAGUUGAGUCUAUUUAUUCAGAAGAUUAUAGCCAUAAUGAAGAAGGACAGGAGCUCACAGAUGAGGAUGAUGAGGUGUAUCAGCUGACUAUUUAUCAGGAUGAAGAUAGUGAUGCUGAUUCGUUUGAUGAAGAUCCAGAGAUUUCUCUAGCUGAUUAUUGGAAGUGUCCUGAAUGUAGCGAAAUGAAUCCUCCGCUUCCACGACAUUGCCACAGAUGCUGGGCCCUUCGUGAGGACUGGCUUCCUGAUGAAAAGAGUGAUAAAUUGGUAAAGAGCAAGUUAGAAAGUUCCUUCCCCCUAGAGUCUGAAGAAGGUUUUGAUGUUCCUGACUGCAAGACAGUGAAAAUGACUGAGGAUAAAGAACCAGCUGUGGAGGAGAAUGAGGACAAAGCAGUACAAAUAUCCGAGUCCCAGGAAAGUGAAGAUUAUUCUCAGCCAUCGACAUCGAGCAGCAUGUUUUGUAGCAGUCAGGAGGACUAUAAGGAACCUGAGAAGAGAGAACUGCAAGACAAAGAGGGAAGCCCGGAGUCCAGUCUGCCUGUUACCAGCAUCGAGCCCUGUGUCAUAUGUCAGAGCAGACCUAAAAAUGGCUGCAUAGUGCAUGGCAAAACGGGACACCUCAUGUCGUGUUUUACAUGCGCAAGAAAGCUUAAGAAGAGGAAUAAACCCUGUCCGGUGUGCAGACAGCCCAUACAAAUGAUUGUACUAACUUAUUUUAGUUAGGUGGAUAUUGACUGGAAAGCAGCAAAAGAACUUCAUAAACUGGUUAAGAGAGUUAGAAACUAUUUUUGUAUGCUAAUUGGAAAAUUAAUUAUUGGAGUGUCUUUACAUUUGGUAUGAAACAUAAUUGCUGAAAUAAAUGCACUGGAGUUGUGAAGAGGUUAACCUAAUAUUCGUAAGUCAACUUAAAGAUUUUAAAUCCUUCUCAACAGAAAUAACCAAUUCCUGUAAACUACCUGCCUUUCCAAGUGCUUUAGUGACAUUUGUUUUACUUGAUUAAAUAUAGAGAUUAAAAAACCAAAUUCACUGAUAGUGGGAGGAGAGAUGUGGUUUGUUAAUGUGAGUUCCUCCUCAUAAGAAGAUAAAAGAUGCCCUAGAUUCCAGUAUCUGUUGCCUAAUGAAGACGCCAGGCUCAGUCAGAACCCUCUGAAUAAGUCAAUAAAAUAAAUAAAUAGAAUCUUGUCUCCCUUAUUCCCAAAACUUAAAUUCCUCCAAGUAACCAGAUCACAGAGGAGUUCUCACCAGGAAGCAGUGGAAGAUGCGAUAGAAAAUCAUUUAAGGUUUUGGAAAUAUAAAAGGGUACUGUGUAUCUUUUAAAGUGUGUAAAUUCAGGGCUGUGUGUGUCCUGAGAAGUCACUGAUUCAAGUUCAGUCUUACAGUUCUCUCUUAGGUGUCCUGAGAAACUAGCUUUUAAAAUUGUUUGGGGGUUUGUACGAUCUUGAUGAUUAUUUUAGCAAUAUUUGAACAGGCAAGAUAAAUGAAGGAGAUACUAUGUAAAAUCAAAUCAGGCAAUAUUAGGAGACGAUGGUAUUCUUUUUGUGCACUUGUUCUUGACUUCAGCAGUAUAACAUGCGGCUUGAUCACUACCUUUGCUUGAAUAAAAAUGGUAAGGAAAACAAGUCCAUCUCCAUCUGCAGAAACAAGCUGUUUAGUUCUAGUUCACAUAGACAUUCUUUAAAUUCAGCAGUCUUUCCAGCUUACACUGUGUCACAAGAAUUCUGAAAAUCUGUCGCAAGGUAUUUGGCCAACUCUAAAUUGGUCUCAUGGGACCUGUCCUUUACUGCUUUUAGCUCUUGUCUUCUCACUGUAGUUUGUCGAAAAUUUUGUGAAGCUUGUUAGUUCCUUUGUUAAGGAGUCAACGGACUCAGUUCUGUGGUGCCUUCAGAGUAGUUAGUGUGAGUAAAUUUUUGUAAGCUCUGGUAUCUUCAGGAUAUAAUUGGGUUACUCAUCUGGGCUGUUUUUUAGAUGGACAGUUUCUGUACCAGUGAGUUAUAUUUUUUCCUUUGGAGGAACUGUAGGUUUUUAGCACCUUCUAAUUUUACAGGUAGUUACUCAUCAUCUGGCCAACAGAGGUAAAUUAGUAGUUUUAGCAUCAGGGGAGUGCCAAGAACAGAGAUGUAGCCUGAAUGCAGGAGUUGUGCUGUGUUACCAUCCUGCAGGCCAAGGUUCAACAGCUUCCUCAAUGCCACCUGUGCCCAACUGUUGAUGCCCAUGUGCUAGUGCAUGGACUUAUAUUGCUAUAACUAAAUUCCUGUCAGAGUUACUAGUUACCCAAGUAUAAAAUAUUUGUAAACCAGGGCUGCAAACGCCUGGAAUACAAGGAAGUACCUGGAAAAGGGCAUAGAAGUGUAAGGAGUGACUCCACAAACCCUUGGUUGUUACUUGCCUCCAAAGAAAUACCAUCAUAAAGACAAUUUCCAGGAUUGGUGAUGUUUAGUUUGUGCAUUUGAGUUGAUUUUUGAAAAAUAUUACUAACAGGUACUGGUAACUCUGAAGUUUUACCACUAUUGAUUUUAACUAAACAAAAUGUAGACCUCAGUUGUAUGCAUUUCUUCACAUUCUUAUUUGCAGUUUUUUAAAGUGACAGCAGGUGGCUGCAAGUUCCUGAAGUUCUUUGGUUAGUCAAAACCUUUCAUGGGUUUCAUGGGGUUUGGUAAAUCUUCAGCCAGACAGAGAGAAGUACUUUGGGCAGAUAUUUAAAAUUUUCAAGUAGGCGUGCUUACCUGCCUUCAUUCACACUGUUUUCUGUUUUUCUUACUUUUUGAUUUGAUAAACUGAAGUGCAGUGAAGCUUGCAGAGGCUCUUCCAUUGCACCAGAACCAAAUAGUGCUCCUAUCACAGUCUGGUGAGAGAGAACUCUAGACAUCUGUGUUCAGGAGAAGCGCUGAUAAUGUGGGGACUGCACUUUAAAAAUUCAGCCAUUGCAUUGUCUCUAUGUCUUAUGCAUUUUCAGUGCAAUACUUUUUCUACAGUCACUGUGAUGGCUACGUAACUGCAUUCCUGGGAGAGCAGCUUUUCUUACCUAGUUCCUGCUGGGACAAAUUGUACCAUCCUGCUCUUGGCAUUCUUUUCCACUCCCCUUAAGUGAUCUUUUUAUUUUAAUUAAAAAAAAAGAGCUCUCAAAAAGGCAUUUAUUCUAAGAGCAAUGAUCCUUGCAGUUCACAGUCCCUCAGGUUUGGGAUUUUUCUUCCAAACUGAUUUCAUCUGCCACUAAUGCUUUCUGUUUUGGCAAAAGAUGCAGUGAGAGCAUACAGCAUAAUGAAUUUUCCCUUUUAUGAUCUAAAAUUGUACUUCCCUAGCAUGUCUCCUAUUGUGGAGAAUAGCCCUGUAAUUACUCAUCACUUCAUACAAUACUGAGGACGUGGGUAAUUUUGAUUUCUGCAUGCAUCUAUGGCUGAACGACUGUGUCAGAGUGAAUCUUUGAGCUAUAUUUUCUGGUUUAAUGUUAUUCGUAACACCUUCUAGUAAAGCUUUAGGGUUUGGUUUGUUUGGGGUAUUCCCCCCAACAAAGGACGCCUUUGGGAAGGGAUGAGUGGUGCCUAUCUUGGUUCAUGUAGGAGAUGCUGGCAGGCAAGUGCACAUAGGGCUUUUGGGGUUGUGUGGGUGACAUUGCGACCCUGGUGCCCCAGCCCUGGGGGGACUGCCGUCUGAAAAGGUGAUGUCUGGGUCUGCCUCCACCCUGUCACCCCCACCUGUGCUCGGUACCUCUGGGGACAGUGGUGACCAGCCUGGUGGUCAUUGCCCCCUUCUUUCUGGCCUUGGAUAGCAGCAUGAAAGUCAGAAAAAUUUAACACAGAAGUUGACAAUUGUUCUUACUUGGUGAGGUCUUUGCAGUUGUUAUUUAAUAUCAAGCACAUUUUAAUCUUUAAUUUAUUGCAGUUUGUAAAUAUUCUUGUGCUUACAGUUAGCAUUUUGAGCUUUAAUUUAUUGAAUUAGUCUAUUGGUACUUGUGUAGAUACAUAAAUAUGCAUAGCUACUAAAUCACAGUCACAAGAAAAAUAUUUAAGAAAUUUUAUUAAAAUAAAGAGAACUAUUCAGAUCAUAUUCUGAUUAAGAGGAGCAUAAGAAGAUUUAUGGCUUUGUUUUCUUUUUUGCCUUCCCUUAAAUCAACUUUUGUGUUGAUCCUGAACAACACAUAUUAGAGGUGGAGACUGGUGCAACAUUAGCAGAGUGAACAUAUUUAGACGGUGUUUGUUUUCCUUUGGAAUACUUUAGCAUCUCCGAGUACAGCCAAGGAGCAGACAGACUGCUUCGUUGUGCUGUGGACAUUGGAGGUGAUGGUCUGGAAGAUGGGGAGAGGUUUCAAGGUUAAUUUGAAACAGGUGGUAGUUGCUUUUGCCUUCAAAUGUGUCCAGGAAAGCUGGACGUGCUGAUAAAAGUGACAGGAUAUGAUUUUCAGUAACUGUCUUAGUCUGUUCCUUCAUGUACCUAAGGUAGACAAUAGUUAUGUACAAGUACUACAACUCACAUUUACUCUUUUUUUUAAUAUAAAAAUACAAUUAACCCACCUUUGUAUUAAAUAUUACUUUUUCACUGUGUAGGUAUUUAUUAGUAUUGAAAUUCAACUCUUCACCCAAGGAGGUGAAGUGCAAAGUGAAGUAUGUGAGGCACAAGGAAAAACUGUUUUGUUUCAGUGUUUGGCAUUUCUCAAAAAAGCUCAAGUGCUGAAGAAUAAAAUAUUUGAGAACCUUUAAUACAAUGUCUUGACUUGAGAUUAGUUACACAAUCUGCUGCUUUUGUCCUUCAAAAAACUUGCACGGCUGAACCAGAGGUAGCUGCGUUGCUGGUUGUGUUGAGCAUUGCUGUUGAGUAGAGCGCCUGGAAUGUUGGUUGUGUUAGGGCUGCAGCUGCUGCUCUCAGCAGGUGGAGUUGGAAAGGGAAAAGUGCUACAGAAUUUUAAUUGAUGAAAAACCUUGCAUUUCUUUCUAAUGGUGUGCUACAAUUAUCUCACUGAGUUCUGUUUGCUUUGAAUUUAAGUGUUGCUGUCUCUGGUGUCUGUCAGUGUGGGUAUGAGGGCAUGUGCAAGACUUCAGGCCGAUUUUUCCUCUUAAAGACUAAUAGGAGGGAAAAACAAUCCCUGCCUGACCAACUGAGCUUUUCCAGCUCAUCCAUACCUGAGCCAAAGUCUUAUCUUGAGCUACUUGUCAUUUAAAGGUUGCACAAGCAAUGUAAGGUACAAUAACACCACCCCCAUCAAACCUGGGAUUAAGGUAUAUUUUAACAAUUGCAGAUUGCACUUACUGAACAUGAAAAAUUGUUGCUUUUAACUAAUGUGUGAUUUUUUUUUUUUUUUUUUUAAUUUAGCACUGAUGCACUGAAAGCUUCUAGUGAACAGCUCUCUGUAGUGUAUAUAUAUUCUACAUGUAAAAUUUGUUGGUGGUACUUAAAAAGGUGUUGUCUCCCCUUUUGAGUAGAUGUUGCUUUAACUUAAUAGCCUGACUUUUAAAGGACAGUUCUUUCUUGAGCUAAAUUAAUGGCCGGCAGCAUGACAAUUACGUAAUACCUAAAAUACCGAAUAGCUUUUCCAAAAGCAGAGUCUGUGUUGUCUGACUACACGUAGCUGGAAUGACUAUUCAGCAGACUGGUUUAUAGUACCUAUGCAACUUUGCCACUGCUCCUACAUGAUCACGCUUUCAAGGACUUGCCAUGGUGUGUACCUUGUAGAUACCCAGUGCACAUACUACCACAGGCAGUAACCAUUAAAAUACAAAUAUCCACUCAAAUUGCACAGAGUAUAGAUCCAUUUAGGAGAAGAAUUUUUAUGUGUAUUGCAUUUGUAUUUUGAUUUUCAGUUUUUCCUUUUCAGAGGAAACUAAAUAGUAUGUUUCAUUUAAAAGCUUUAAAUAAAAAUUUGUUUAUGUA